AUGCCAGAAGAGAUUUUGUUGGCUCCAGAUUCCAAUGGCCAAGCUGCACAAUCGAAUCCAGCAACGAGGCGGUUCUUGUUCAACUCUCUGGACCAAGUAACUCAGGAUCACGUCAGGCAAGAACUAUUGGACCUAUACCACAUCAACAUGAAUGGUCAGGCCUAGUCUUUGUCGUGGCAGCCGACUUUCAUUCACCAGGCAAGCCACAGAUCAAGCUAUGAUCGAGUUCGGGAAUUCACACUGAAUCCACAAGUCAUUCUCUCCCCAUUCUACCGUUGUCAGCCUGGAGAAGGUAGCCAUAGAGUAUGCAGAUUCCCGACCCAUACAGAAGAGUACGUGCCAGGAUUCAGGUAUAGCUGUGUUGCUGAAGCCAUGACAGUCGAAGUUCUGCAAUGUCUAUAUACGAAGGUCAAGAAAAGCUUAUUCGGCAGCUAA